AUGUGUAAACAGGAAGCUUCCGAUUCCUUUGAUCCCCUGAGUACCCGAACAACUAUUUACCAAUAUGGAUCCUCUAACUGCCCACAGGGAGAUGACACAAUUCACAGUGUAAGCGAAGAUGAACAGGUCGCAUUUUGUGGUUGGCUCGAAAGGUAAUACGGUAGACGCUAUAAAAGUUGCCGAUAGGAAUUUGAGUGAUGAGAAGUCAUGUGCACGUUAUUUCCCAUUUAACGAAGACGGCUCGGACCUUUACACAAAAUGCAACGACGGUUUCCUUCUUUGGUUUGUCUGUUAAUUUUAUUACUCAAGCAGUUGGGAUUAUGGUUCAGGAUUUUAGUUUAAAUGCUGCACCUUUUCAUUUAACAUGUAAAAUAACCCAAGUCAGAUCCAGUAAUAAUUGACCAAAGUUCAAAAAUCUUCUUUUCAUUCAGUGCUUUGAAUAGCUAAGAUAACUAACUUCAUACCGUUUGCUAUGAAUGUUCGCGCAUUUUAUUCUUUUCUGCUAUUCGACAAUGGUUGUAUUUGCCCGCUUGGGCAAAGUGGUAUUAAUUAAUCUAAAUAAAGAAUAAGUUAUAGUGAAAUCACAAUAAUGGGCGCAUCGCCAAUCUACUGGCAGACAAAAUCAUUUAUAAUGAUUUUAAAUUAGUGUGAGAAAUUGCCAACAGGUAUGCUUAAAUUUAAUGUGACCAGAUUUUUUAGGUUCUCCUAAGCCGUGUGAAUAAUUGAAAUUCAAAUCUAAUUACCUUAGGAUUUAAACCUCAGUUAUUUACUAUGAAAACUACCCAUAUAUCAUUUACAGCGCUCUUGUGAUUUUUUUAAGCAAAAUAAUCAACUGCUCAGCACCAAAUACCAUAGACCUUCGGGCCUUGCACAGAGGUUCAAAGCUAACCCGAUACCAGAUAAUGGAGAACAUUACACUUGCCCUAAACAGCGCUCGUGCAAUUGGAUGCAACGUAGUAAAUAUUGACGCAGCUGACAUCCAAGAAGGUACACGCCAUCUUCUUCUUGGCCUCUUAUGGCAGAUUAUUAAAGUAAGGCUUUACGCAUUUGCACGUGUUACUAUAUAAAUAUUUGAACGUUAUAUUGGGUCUUCAAGAAGACUUUUAACUUUUCUUGUCAAACAUAAUCCUGAACAUAUAUGUCAACCUAAAAACAUUCCAUUAAAUCAAAUGUAACUAGCAUAAUAAGAGGAAUCGCUAAAGCAUAUGCUCUAAAGAAAUGUUAUAAAGUAUUCUUAUCAGUAUUGUCAGAUUAUUAUGUAAAAGAGUGACGCCGAUUCUUAGGUAGUGUUGUCCUUUUCUUUGUGAAAACAAACGGUACUGCCAGCCCGCACAUCGGUUAGCAACGUGGUGCACUACCUGAAUGUUAAGAAGCCUAGCAGACUUACUUUGUAUUAACUGCUUCGCCUUGGUUAAUAUGGUCUAUCAAAAUACUUCACUAAAUCUUCCUCUAAAUGAAUCACGGGAAAAUAUUUGGCCAAAGUGUUAGUACUACAACAGCUUAUAAAUAAUUCAAAAUCUGAACAUUGCUAAAUAAUCAUCGAUAUUGAGUGAGAGCACUUGCCACUGCAACGAUGGUGGCAAAGACAGAAUUUACUACAAAGCUAACAGUAAAAUUAAAACUUCGAAAACUUAACCGCCAUCUAAAAUUCGACGAUGUUAGUUGUGCGAUCAACUUUUCGCCAACCAAAAUGAAGUUUAGCUUGUGUUACAAGUUAAAAAGACAACCAGACAGAGAUUGUAGUGUCAUGAGAGGAGAAUUAACAGUCAUCGGUUCUUGGUUGAAGCCAAAUUUGCCUUUUAUUUUAGAGAACAAUAAUUAUUUGGACUAAUUUUAUCCUAUGAAAACUGUCUCGCAGUGUUUAAGCAUAAGCAAUAUUUCUGCCUUUGCUAUCGAUUUGUCUCUUUAAUAUUUCGUUGUCACUAUAGAUUACUAGACUGUUAAUUCCCUUCUUAUAGAUAAAUAACCGAGUCUAUGUAAAAUUCCGUAUUUAAUAAAACGUUAAAAGUCGGAAGAAGGCAGUUGGGCACUUUUGGUCGGCUUACAUAAAAUGCCCAGGAUAUGAAAUUUAGAAAGUUACAACCUUACAUCGUUAAUAUUACUCUGCCUCUGACCUACCUUCACUUUCCUCAUGUUUCUUACUGGUGAGGAGAGUGACACCUCAUAAAUGAAAUUCAUACCUUUUUAAAAAAUAAGAUAGACACCACGACGUUAAUUUCAUCAUAUUUUUAUCCUUAAAUGUAUACUUGCAUCGUUGGUACUUGAGUUAUCCAUGAUUUAGAUCGGCCUUCUCCGACAAAUUAACGUUGUCGCACAUGCAGAACUGGUGGCUCUUUUGGAUGACGAUGAGACGAUUACAGAAUUUGCCAAACUAUCUCCAGAGGAAAUUCUUAUGCGUUGGGUCAAUUACCAUCUAAAGCGCUCGAACUGUGAUGUACGAAUGGAGAACUUUUCAUUCGAUAUUAAAGUGAGUACUUCUACAACUCGCCUGGAGCAAAUGUUGCGGGUUUUUUAAAGAAUGGCAGACCAACCGUUUUUUAAACAAUGCAAUUACAGUUUCAAAUCUCGUAUCUUGUGUAUUCGCUAGUAUUAACUCGUCAAAUGCAAAGAAAGACGUUUUUAAUGCCUUGUUAUAUCGAGAUUUCAAUUAAACGUAUCCCGGUGGUUUUGCAUUUCUUCGUCAGACUUACAAAAACCCAUUCUCUAUAGUAAAUGCACUUGGCCUUAGAAAGCAGGCUGGACAAUACCUCUUAGGUUUCCAGUGUUGAUAUAGUUCGCAUUUUUUAGUGACAAGGCACACUCAUAAACCACUCUACCAGUCGCUACUGGUUUACCUGUGGAUUUCAAAAUACUGCUGUGUAAGUGAGCACAUAAAUGACAAUAAUAAAAAGAAUUUUUCAGCGCUAGACAAUUUUAGCCACAUUGGCAACAAGGUGAAUUUGCUAAGUGCAAAAAGAUGUCCACUAGAAUCGAUUUACAGUAGGUGGGCUAACUCAUGAAAUGUCAACUGAAAUCUCAAAAUGCGUUUUCGUUUGGAAAAAAAAUUAAUUAAAUAGAGUUGUAAAACUAAUCAUCAUGCAGCAUAAUUUUAUACUGAUCCGGCUACCUCAGAGUGUCGGCUUUAGUAAAAAUUUAUUUUCGACUGUUUGCAAGAACUAUGUACUGCAACGAUGACUACUUAAGUAGCAUGCAGUUUUCCCAUUGAUUUUCGAUGCCAUUGAAAAUUAAAUUAUUUUUCAUGGAAAACCUGCAUUAAAAUAUUCAUUCUUUCACUUUUUGGUAGAAAAUUACGUCUUCUUCCAAUUUUAUACUUAUAAUAAUGGUACAGUUUGGUUUUAAAGACAUUUCCAAUUCCCGAGUAAUUUCGAACCCGACCUGCUUUUACACUUGCAUUCAGGGUUUCAAAACUACAAGCCGUAUAUUUUCCGUGUAUGGAAAACCAUACAUUUCUAUACGGUAUUAAUAGAAAACCAUUUGGAGUUCAAAAUUUAGCAGUGAAUUUGAGCAAUAUUGUUAACUUUACACGCCACAUUCGUAAAUGCAGAUACAUGACGUUUUGUGAACGGCCAUUUCAUGGUAUUAAACAAUCUCACAAUCAAAAUUUUUUUGAAACUCGAUUGUACCCUUUUUCGGGUAUAAAAUUGAAAAAAAUACAUGACUUUCUAUCAAAAAGUGAAAGAAUAAAUGAUUUUAUGCAUGUUUUCUAUGAAAUAUAAUUGAAUUUUCAAGAGCAUCGAAAAUCGAUGAGAAAACUGUAUGCUACUUAAGUAGUAGUGUUUUUGCAGAGUGUAGUUGAGUACAGUCGAAGAUGAGUUCUUUCGAAAGCCGACACUCUGAGGUAACCGGAUCAUUAUAGAAUUAUGCUGCAUGAUGAUUAGUUUUACAACCCUACUUAAUUAAUCUUUUCGAAACGAAAACGCAUUUCGAGAUCUCGGUUGACAUUUCAUGAGUUAGCCCUCCCACUGUAGUAUUGUGCAUCACUUAAGUAGAGCUCAGACAUGCGGUUCACAUUUUUCAACUUUUAAAUGGACAGAACACAUUUCUGCCAAUAAAAAAGUAUUACACACUCAGGUAUAUUGGGGUGUAGAAGUUUUACAUCACGAUAAGAUUACGCUCAUAAUGCACUAGUAGCAGAAAGCCAAGUGGGAGCGGCAUUCAUUGGAGGGAAUAUGCACAUUUUAUUUUGCUUUAGAAGUCUGUCCUGCAUUCUGAAUAAGUUUUGGCAUAGACAUAAAAAAUCAAUAUUUUGGAAGUCUCUCUGGUAAGGGAGACUAGAACUCUUGUCUAAAGUUUAUCUAUUCGAUAUCAUCUCUAAGCCAGAAAACAUUAAGUUCACAUUCGAGUUAAGUUUUCAUUGAAGCAGACGUUUUGCCAUUUAAAUUACGGAGUUCGUACAGCAUAUGCUGCAGUUACGAAUCUUCAAAUUUGCUUGCAAAUGAUUUGCACUGACCGAGCCUGAUUGAAAACUGGAAUGCGGAGCUUUCACCUAACCCUUAGUGUAUGGUCUGAAGGCUCUAAAGAGCUGCAUGACGUUCAGUAAACAUUAAGGAAAAGACUUGCGAUAAGUCGAAGGAAGGAUAGACCAUCAUAUUCUGACAUGCUAACUCAAUGGUGACAGUAAUGUGCAAGUCUACUAAUGUUUAAUUCAGCAGGAUGCUAAGGGAGCAGGUUUGUAAGCUACUUCCUGUACUCCUGUGCUUUCCUGCGAAAUAUAUUUUAGUGCUGCAUCGAAGUUUGGGGUUCCCAGAAAAAACACUCCUGGUUUGAGAAAUUGGCCUUCUUUUCGGCAAGAAUAAUCUUAACAUAAAAUUUCUGACAACUGCCAUCACAUCGUAUUUUGGUAUCCUCUCAUGUGUCCUGUUUAAUUUCUUUUGUUGACCCAUUAGGUCGAGGGAUGUGGGAAGAGAUGCAAUAAGACGCAAAACUAUUCGAAUAUCUUGAUAGGUUAGUGGACGGUUGGCUACUGUUACUCUUCACCUCACGAUGUACGGACUUCCCUCCUUACCAAGAACACGGCCACCUUAUUACUAUGUAUAAAAGUUGGUUGACACGUCGUUUGCUCCAGCUGCACACCAUUCUGUUGGCUCUGUCGAGAAACCACGUGCUUGUUACCGGCUUGCAGUUAUGCGAAGAAUACAAAUGCAUGUGCGUGCCUAUAUUACCUCGUGCUUGUGUUCCUUACCGGCCGAGGGAGGCCAGAGCAGCACUUUCCUGUGAUGGUGUUGUCCUGCAGACUCAUUUGCAUACGCAUGACAUAUCCGCUCAUCGGAGAGUAUCCGGACGUUUGCCUUAGUGAGGCCUGUUCGAACGGCCUGACCACCAUUGUCACCACCAGCGCCGCCGCCGCCACCGCCACGCAUGUUACGUGUGUACUAAAUUCGUGCGGAUGACGACUAGAUAAUUGCAGAUAAUAGCUGCUUUAACACAUAUCUUCAGCUUGUGACGUGAACGGAAACUACUAAACGGCGGUGAAACAAAGGUUCACUGUCCUGGGUCAGCUCUACACCCAGGCUCUUUCUGUGAGGCAACAGAAUGGGCUCUGGUACCUGAAACGGACCACAGAGAGGCCAUUUGCAGAGGGUGGCAAAGAACCAGAAGGCAUUGUAGAUUCUCCGUAAAAUGUGAUUUGGCUCGAAGAACGGAAUGGCAACUUAAAUGUAAAAAUGUUUCAGUCCAUGCAAUGAUUGACAGGCAAUCAUCUGGUCCGAAUUUCCCCUCUAAGGAAAUGACGAUAAUGAUGUAUCAGAAGGAUCCAGAUGUGCAAAAUCGAAUAUUUCCUAGCAUUUUCGGAUAACAUGAACUAGUAACAGAUGUUGGUAUCACUACAUUAACGCGCCUGGCUAAAAACGUCUUUAAGAGAAGCAACUUUACAAGCGGUGUUGGUUAGAUGAUAAUUUAUUUAAGGUUGCCUAAAUUGCUUUACUGUGUGUCCAGGCUAUUCCUUAUUUGGUGCUACAUGGACAAGCCAGUGAAUUCAGACAUGACUUUCUUCUUCUGCUGCUCAUUCGACAAAGCUACCAUUUUAUGCUGCGUCCGUAAGAAUGACAAAACAUCACGAAGAUUGACAAAGGGACGGCUUAGUUGGUCGGUGGCCACCGAACUGCCAGCAGCUUUGCUUUCUAUAGUAUGAUGGUGAAAUGCCUAAUAGCGGUUCCCUUUAGUGUUUGUAUUCACGAAAAAACUGACUAGAGAAAGUUAGAUUUUGACGUGUAUAAUUCUUGUAGUCCGAUAGUAGUCACGUUUAUCGAUACAUCCAAUUGCAGAACAUGACACGGAAGUCUCUGUUCCGCUAUAAAGCCGCGACGUCCUCUUAAAUGGUCUCAUAACGAUGAGCAGUCAAUAACACCUGAAUGUUGGCAACGAAGAAAGUCAUCCUGAAAUGUUUUUGUACUUAUUUGCCAUCGUUAAUCAUCAAUAGCAACAAUAAAGACGCAAAUGUGAACGACAGUUCCCUAUGUCUUAACACUCAUAAUUAUUGCUGACUGGGCGACAAGCCUGGAGCUUAGCAAUAAGAUGUCUGUUUUAGUACCCAAUCAAUAAAAUGCCCGGGUUCAAAGUGCGAGUCCACCGGGACUGGGGCCGACGACGUCAAAUAAGCCAAUAAUAAUCAUUCGAUUUCUCCUGCUUCGGUUGUAACACUCCCUUGGUUUUUUGUAUUUACCGUAUUUGGUGUAGAAAAUGUUCAAUUCUAAGUACCGAACAGGUAUCGGUAAAACCGUAAUGGUGGAUUUUAAAACUCCUACCAUUGUUACUUGUGAUGACUUUUGGCUCCUUCUACCCUCCGAAGUUUGGCGUAUCAGCCGUCAUGAAUUGCUCCAUGUAUUUUUGUUCAAACUCAUUGUUCUCAAGCUAGCGUUCGAUAGCAAAGGAAACCAAAGUUAGACUAUGGGUUGAAGUGACCAAGCGUGAAAAAUUUCCUGAUGUAAAGUGAGGACCUGGGAGGUGUGCAAACUAAGGGAAAUUAGCUGGAAUUUAAUGUAAGCAAUCCUGUCUUGCUGUCGUAUUUUCAGCGACAGCUACGUGUUUUGGGUUAGUAACCGGAAGUAGUUUAAAGCGUAGGAGAAAUGACGGCACCCAGCGGUUACUCUGUGAAAUUGUCCGAAUGAAUGUGCUUAGCGGAAUUGCGCAUCUUGAAUUCAUUCUUUUAUAUUAAAGGCCAAAAAAGCAAGCCGGGUCUAAGUACGAAGACUUUAGGAUGUAAUAUGAGACGAGCGAGCGGUCCUUCGCUGUUUCACACUUUGCUCGACAAAUCACGUUUCUAAGAUACGCUGACGCCGCGAGGUAAGCGCGGAAAAAGCACUUGAAGGGCCGACUUUAGUGCUAACAUAUACUCGCAGACGGCAUUUUCUAGUAGAAACGGAAGACUCUUAGCGAAUCACAAAUUUGCUUGCAAAUUCUCUAAUGGCUUAAAGAAGAAUGCCGAGAGCAGCUUGAAAUGUUAUGAAUAAAGUCCCGUUUUCAAUUAGCCAUAUCUUUUCCUAAUUCCGAUCUGAAACGCCAACCAUAUCAGAGUUAGGAGAUAUUUCGUCGUUGUUGAAUUCGUUUGGUGUCGGUUGAGGAAUCAUAAUCUACUUACGUUUAAUUCGUUUACGUAGACCACUCAAUGCCAACAUAUAAUAACCAGGUAUGCACUGUACCACAAAGUAAAUCUUCCUUUCGAGAUCCGUUCACUCCUAGACUAGCUAAGCGCGACCAAGUAUUCAGUUCUACGCGUUCGCAUUAUUUUAAAAUGAUUUAGGCAUAGAGAUUUACAGCAUUCUGGCCUUGCUAAAACACUAAAUAUUGAGGAAACAAGUACGGAUCUAAGAAGAUACCGGGCACCUUAGUAUAGUGCAUAAAUAGGUUGCGUCAUUUGUAGACAUAUUUUCUAUAGUCGUCACGAGUUUUCUGAAGACGAGUUUGAAUGUGUUAUCGUAUCAACGCAUUGCGUUACUGAGUUAUGCUAGUCCAAUCGCGCGGAAGUAGCGUUAACCAUGAGCUGAUUCGUUAUGAAUUACAUGCCAUUCAAGCCUUGUCAGCGUCGAAACAUCGUGACACCGAAUAACAUUUUGCAGAUGAAAUUCAUUAAGGCAAUUCUAGAGACAACAUUACUCGAAAACUCCAGCCGUUACUCACAAAGAUUUCGAAAUUCUUUGCUCGUACAGCAACCUUCCAUCAUUAAUACGGGGUUGAUUUUGCGAAAGUAAUGAAGGACUGAACCGGCGGAAAAUUGUGAGCGUAUAUGCCUGUCUUGAUUGAUCGAAGAUUGUUACCAACGGGAUACAUGGACGUUCGGAAGGACGAUUUCUGGCCUACCUGCGGUGCCAGCAGGUCGUGUCUCAACAGGACCCGGACCGUUGGGUCAGAGACAGAGCGUUCGAAGUAACACUCAAUGGCCUAUGAGCGGUUGAGGUAUGCUGACCGGCAUAAAUAGGCUUUCGAGUUUCCGUUUUCGCUCGUACCAGUAAGCUUCCUUUAUCUUUGCGGCUGAUGUUUACCGGCUAUUGCUUGCUGUCUGCUGCACGACACCUGGUGUGGGUUUUGGGUAUUUAAUGGGAAAAUGAAGCUGAAUGUCGUACACUUCACUCCGCAACCAGGAUAAUUUUGUACAAAUAAUUCCUGGGGGUUUCCACUGACCCAGGCCACGUGAAAUUCCUGGUGGGGCCAGCUGAUUAGGCCCAGUUGCAUACAUAUUAUUGGUUAUUCUAUGGCCAUAAGUAUUACUCUGCUUCCAUCCAUAGUUUUGAGUCGCCACGGGUUCGCGUACGCGCAUAUUUUAUCAGACUCACAUAAAUUUUUAGGUAUUUAAUCAAAUUCGUGCGAUAUGCCGGUACCGGUCGGCCAUAAUUUAAUGACUCAUUUGUAGCUUUUGGACGCUGGUAUCGAGGCAGUUGCAUAUUCAGCAGUCGCCACCCAGACUAGCCACAUUUGCAGAACGAUUCAGUGCAUGCGCUGCCUUUCUUUUUAAGGGGAAGACCUCAUGUUUGCGACUCUUAAUAAUUUUGCUCGACCUCGGCCAUUGGAAACAGUCACAAUAGCUCCCAGAAAUUAUCGUUUUAACGAUAUUGCGCAUAUUUUAACAUUAAGACCUUCUACUCGGUAGUACAUAUCAGUUCACAGACGCAUCGACCUGACUGGGAAUGAUUGCAAUAUAAUCUUAAAUAUUUUACCUUAGCGCUCUCUUCCGCAAAUUCGACCUUUUUUCAUCAGACCUCAACUUGUGUCUCAAUGUAAUCUGAUUCCUUAUAUAAAGGCCGUUUCACGGAGUUUGGAAUCUGUAACUGGCUCCAGUUAUUUGAUAAACUAAGCUUGGAGCACAUAUUUGCAUGGGAUCAAUCUCUAGCGAUUACUUUAUAGAAGCACCCUUGUAGUGAGAAGCCAGAGAUAAAACAAUACUUCGUUGCAGAUAGGCUUACUUUGUCUAGCUUUCUGUUGAUAGUGUGGAAGGUCUUUAGGUAGAGCUUCGAUGGAUUCAUAAAGUUUACUUUCAUUAGUUCACACAUUUCCCCACGUACGUAGUAAGCUACCGUCUGCCCUAUUCUUGCAGAUAUUUUUAUAACCAUAUCUGAAUCUCCGUUUAAUCUUUUAUUACCAGGACUGCGAGGUAUACGCUUAUCUCCUUGAACAGAUUAGUCCACCCGAAAAGAAACCGUUCCUGCAUUCGGCUAAGGUAAGUCCAGUACCAUACUGAUUUAAAAAGUGGAUGCCGGGCUGUCAGGUUGGGUACCACAGUCGAAUAAAUUAGGAGUGACUUUCAAGGUGUUAUCAGGACAAGAUAAAGGUUCAUGAUGACACUUAGCAGCCUUGACACAGGGGCUCUAGAAAGUGGCACUAAAAUACGAAUCAUAGCCUACACUAAAGAAUGAUUCAAUUUAUAAGUCGGAAGAUCUGGUACGCAAAAGAUUAGGGACGCUUUAUUAACGAAUUAAUAUCUUUGGCGUGGAUUUCUUAAAUGCCUGCGUAUUUUGCUGCCCGAAAAGCUUUUAUGGCGUAUGUCAGAAUCACCCUAAAGACACGUGGACCGGUGUGUCAGAACUGCAAGCCCUACUUAACACAUAAACUUUAAUUUUGCCUACUGAAACGGUUUGAGUAGAAAGUACAAAUGCAGAUACCUUGAAUCCCGAACCUUUCGCAAGCGAAAAAUCCUUCUCAUCACCCCGAAUGGUUUUCACACCGCUUCUUGGCUCAAAUAAAUUUCCCUACCUUAAGCAACUUGUUGUCGCAGUCUAUUAAAGACCUCAUGCAGCCUUCCGCUUAUUUUAUUAGGCCGGAGUUUUGUGUCAUUUGUAUCGUUUUACGGGCAAAUUAACUUUAUCACACUCUCGUCACUGUCGGGUAUCACACAAAAAGCCAAAAGUUGCCUUUUUCAUUUUUUUCGAUGAUAUGCUCUUCAUCAAAGAACUUGCGUAAUAAUACAGAAGUGUCCGUUACACAGCUGUCUACAUGAGCAGAGAAACCAUCAUCAAAUUACGUCACAGUAGGGGAGGAAUGAACUUGAGAAAGACUAUCAUAGACAGUCUAUCAUAGACUGAUUUAUAUAAUGCUUUUUUGUUUUCGUAGGCAAUUUUGGACGCUGUAGAUCUGGUGCAGAGGGCUGAAAUGGUUCUUCAAAAUGCAGAAAAGCUCAAUUGCCGAGUGUUUGUGCAACCAAAAGACAUCAUAACUGGUUCGCAGAAGCUAAACUUAGCCUUUCUGGCUAAUCUCUUCAACACGAACCCCGCGCUUGAGAAACCCGCAGAAGUUGAGCCGCCGCCAAUUAUUGAGGAGACGAGAGAGGAAAAAAGUGAGUGUCCCUUCUGCCCUUGCCUCUGCGUGUGGUGCGGCUGUCUUACAAAGGCCAAAAACAUCCGAGUAGCACGCGUGUGGUUUCGCGGUAGCUAUGACCUUAAUGGCAUGGACAAGCUAAGAGAAAAGUAUCUAGCCGAAUGACAAGCCCCGUCUUGUACAAUCGCACCCUUAAUCCCAAUAAAUUGCACACUUUUUUGAAUAAAGGUCAUUCUACGUCCCAGUCUUCUGCUUAUAGACAAGGAGUAGCAUGAAAUUAGCACCCACGAAUUCACUAUUAAAAGUAUCUAAAACAUCCCUAAGUCCAACGUUAGCGAUUUUUUCAAAGGCUUAGUACUUCGAGACUAAAUUUGAAGUCAGUAUCAAGAGGAGAUCAGCUUUCUUUUUUAGUUCCACUUCCGUCCUCAACGAUUUCGCCAGUUUACUUUGUUUAGUAACAACUGGCUAUUAAUUGAAUUUGAUGUAGUGGACAAAUAUCAGCUGUAUCCCAAUACAACAUAACGACAUUAACUCACGUAGCUCGGAACGUUUUAAUUGAACCCGUUACAUUUAUGCAUGUCAGUGGAACACCCUGAAAUAAAGCAUUUAAUUAAACAAUGAAGCGUGAAUUCGCGGAUACUUUGACCUUGAAAUGAAUGCAUGUCUGGACGGAUUGCGAAGUACAUUUUGCCUUGAUAAAAGACACUAAUUUUCGGCCUCACGCGUGAAGGCGAAAUGAUUUCGUUAAACUCAUAAAUGAAAACUGACAAUCCUACUGUAGCUUUACUAGACCAUUUUAGAUGAAAUCACAUAUUUUGUCUCUUUCACCUCUUAACCGAAUAAGCUAUAGGUAAACCUCCUUCGAGCACUUUAAUGGGGACUGUGAUUUUUAACUGAUUCAAUAUCAGCAAUUAAAAUUUCGUCCGAAUGAGGACUUGCGGCAACCCGAUGAUGCGAUGAUUGAAAAAUUGGUUAAAGAAUUGGAGUGUGUGUAACAUUCUAACUUAAUGGUUGCGUGCAGUUUGCUUUCAAUAUGAGAUCGUGAUACGCUUACGACAUGGUGUUUCUUACGCCUUAGUCAAGUGCUAAUGUUGUAACCAUUGAGCAUAGGAUACUUACUGCAGACACUGUGCUCACUGUCAGCAUUUAAUCGGGUUAAAAUAAAUGCAGCAGCAUUUUUAUUGAUAUCAUGUGAAUUUCUUGAUACAAAAAUAAGCAGAAUAAUUGUUUAUCGAAUGAUAUGGAACACAAUAAACUGAGGAAAUGUUUGAUGGUAAAAAUAUUAGGCUCCCAGGUUCUGGCACUAAAUCAGAGUAAUUCGGUUAACCAGACUUUAAUCCCCAUGCGCACAAGCACCCCUUUGUCUGAUGGGUGUAUGAAACUGCAUAAAGCUCAUAAAUACAGUAGGUGGGAUAACUCCUGAAAUGUCAACCAAAAUUCCAAAAUGCGUUUUCGUUUCGAAAAAAGUAAUUAAAUAGGGUUGUAAAACUAAUCAUCGUGCAGCAUAAUUUGAUAAUAAUUUAGUUACCUCAGGAUGCCGGACUUCGAAAGAGCUUCAUCCCGGCCGCAUGCGAAAACUAUCAUCUGUAAAAAAUAACUGCUUAUGUAGCAUGCAUUUCCCUUAGCGAUUUUAAUGCCCUUAAAAAUGCAAUUAUAUUUCAUGAAAAACAUGUAUAAAAAUAUUUAUUCAUUUUCUCAUUCUGUAGGAAACGACGUCUUCUUCCAAUUUAAUACUCGAAGGACGGGUAUAAUUCGGUUUUCAAAAGCCUUUCAAAUUCCGGAAUAAUUGUAAACCCGAUCCGCCGUUACACUUGCAAUCAGGGUUUGGAAACUACAAGCCAUAUAUUUUCCGCGUACGGAAAACCAUACAUUUAUCUUCGGUAUUAAAAUGAAACCAUAUGGGGUUCAUAAAAUUAAAAAUGGAUUUGAGCCCCAGUGUUAACUUUACAAACUACAUUCGUGAAUGCAGAGACGUGACGCUUUAUGAAAGGUCAUUUCACGGUACUAGAAAAUCUCACAAUCAAAAACCCUCUUAAAACCGAAUUAUACCCUUACUUCGAGUAUUAAAUUGGAAAAAGACGUCGUUUCCUACAGAAUGAGAGAAAGAAUGAAUAUUUUUAUACAUGUUUUUCAUGAAAUAUAAUUGCAUUUUUAUGGGCAUUAAAAAUCACUGAGGGAAAUGCAUGCUAAAUAAGUAGUUAUUUUUUACGGAGGAUAGUUUUCGCAUGCGAGCGGAAAGAAGUUCCUUCGAAAUCCGGCAUCCUGAGGUAACUGAGUUACUAUCAAAUUAUGCUUCGUGAUGAUUAGUUUUACAACCCUAUUUAAUUACUUUUUUCAAACCUGAAACGCAUUUCGAAAUGUCGUUUGGCAUUUCGUGAGUUAGACCACCUACGUUAAUUAAUCACAACAUAAAUUACUUGUUUAAUUUAUUACAUGAUUUCGAACCCUGUAUCAAAAUUUGCAAAGCUUAGACCUAUCAGGACCUUCUUACCCAAAUUUGCGUUUUCUCUCAGAUUUUCGCAUUAUGUAAUUGAUAAGCAGUAAAGACGAUCGGUAACACAAGAGUAGAAGGUCCAUAGCUUUUGUACGACUUUCUCAACAAUCUUAUAUUUUCAAGGAGCGUUAAACAUCAAAAGCCCUCGCUAUUCAAACUGGCAUGUAACCGGGGCUUCUUUCAUGAUACACAACCUUUAAAGUGCUACCUUAAGGGUGCGUCGGUUGAACCUAAUGAGGACUAAUCAGAAUACUGUGGAACACAAGAUACUACGUAGUGGUCAAGGAAUACUGCAGGAUCUGUAGGCCCCUCAACACACAACUUCGGCUUCUCUAGAGAUUCUGUAUUUAGGUGGUUGUCGUCAGAAUAAACCUCACAAGAUUUGGAGGUUCUCAUGGAAUCCAUCUCCUUUUUGAAUCCCGAUAGAGUUAUGGAUGUCACCUUCGGCAUGAAUAAACGAAUUUUAAAUUUUAGGAUGUAUAGAACAGAGCAACUGAUUACUCCAUCGCAUUUACUCAAGUCUUUCCUAAUUAUACCUAGCACAAACUUUGCGGAUUCUAAAAUGUUUAGGUGAUCUUCAGUAAGGCAAAUCCAUUGCAUUCUGGGGCAUUUGGCACUCAGAGUAAAUAGGUACGACAAGGAGGAUUUUCCGGCUUACAGGAAUUUAUGUGCCAAAGACAUCGUCAUCCACCUAUACUUUACUUUCACCAUGAUAUAUUUUUUGAUCUUAAGACCAACAUUUGCUGGUGCAGUAAAAAGCGCUUUUCUUCAUCCAAGUUUCCUCUGAACGGACAAAACAGCCGUCAGAACGAGAACGUUUAUCAGUAUUUGUAGUGCCGGUUUAACCAAAAAUUUCCGAAGUUAUAUUGGCAUGUAAGUAACCUGGUCUCAUGAACGAUUUCAAAACAUCGUGUUUCUCGGUACUUUUGUAUAUGAGUGCUUACUCUGGGAUCGUUUGGCCAUUAAAAAUGGCCUGGAAACUUGAGCAAACAAUAAGAGGGCCACGAAGGUAACAAAAUCUUUAUCUAGGCAGUACCUAAAAAGCCUUCCACGGAAAGAUAGCGCUGAAAGCACUUUUUAAUUUCUUCUCGAUUCGCAUACUUAAAAUUGGAGUCCAGACAGAGGUUCCCCUGCGAUGUUUACUCUUUGAUCAUAAUAUCUCCAUCACGAAAUCAAAUGCUCAAAAAAGUCCAAAAUGAUUUUUCUUUUGAUGACGAGCAUUGUGAUACAAAAUUUGUUCGGUUGGAUCUUAUUUCGUAGCCGUACCUGCAGUAGACAAGCCUCACCCUAACCCUAACCCCUAACCCCAACCACUAACCUUAACCCCUAAGCCCAACCCCUAAACCCUAACCCUAACUCCUAACAGGUACGGCGUUGAAAUGAGAUCUCGCCAUUUGUCCCCUCCCAGAUUUUAAUAUGGCCCGCCCAUGAGAUGCGCCUUUGCUUGGAAUUUCAACUUAGCAUCUUUUGAAAGUAAAUACUGGUCGACGACCCCUCCUUGAGCUAUCAGAUUUCAUGUCAAAACAGCGAGUUUUGCUGCCUGGUGUUUCUAAUACAGCAGUCUAUGUAUAAACAAAUUUCCUGCAAUUUUUUUGGAACGGGGAGUAGCUGAUCACAAGAUAUGAGCAUGAGAAUAACUACAGUCGUUCACAACAUUGCUGGGAAAAUGAAUGCCUUCUUCCUCAGUUUAUACAACGACAGACAAGAAAAAUGAGCAUUUGAUGUAUUAUGUAUUUUGCGCUUUUGGAGGAAAGCUGGCCAUUUGUCGUGAGGUAAAAAAAGUUCCAUAUAGUCUCAAAUUAGGGCCUUUUAAUCUCUUGCCGAAAAUGUACACAUACAUUCUGGGCUAAAUAGUUUGUGGUUCAUAGAAGCUCAUACGUUUUCAGUAUUUACUGAAGACUUAGAAGACUUGAAAAAAAGUUAUUUUUUUGCUAUGUUUACGAGUAAACCGGAAGAGGCGCUUAUUGGACAUCGAAGAUUUGGCGGUGGCUUGAGAUAAUCAGGCCGAUCUGUCUGUCAAGAAGCAUACUGUAAACAUGAUUGAAAGUAUAAGUCGUCGUGAGACUAAUUAAUCCGCAAAUCCCUUCAUCACCUCCCUUGUCGUGAUGAUCUCUAAGUUUAUGCUGAUCUAUACAAAGAAUAAGUUAAUCGUGUUGGCCUGAAAACUACUUUGUCUGUCUUUCCAGGCCCUAGAGAGUGUUCGCGAUCAGGACAUUAGACGUACGAAAGACCUCAAGAAAGCCUCCUUAUUAUGGGCAAAGAACAGUUACUCGGACGUGCUGUUCGAUUGCCUUACUUUCCCUCCUCUUUUAUAGUCAAAACCAAUUUCCUGCAUUCUUAAGUACGGCGGGAUUUCUCAGAGUAAAGUGUCAAAAGUUUAUUGCCCGAUAUGACAAAAGGGGAACAGAGAUAGUCCAAACGCAAGAUCAGGCGAACAUCUUCAUUCAAAUGUGUUCAGUCAACAGCCUUCGUCUUGAAAACCGGAGUUUCGCGUAUCGAUACAUCCAAUAACCGAAGGCAACGUAGAAAUGCCAUUGAAAUUUGGAAAUUUUGAGGUUGUUAUAAAUAAUCUAGACGGGUUUCCGCCCGUGGUAAACAAAAUAACCUGACCUAUUGCGGACGGCUCGUUUCCAACGUAUCAGACAAUUUGGAAUGCCAAUUUCACAAAUGAGAAAGCGUCUUAUAGAGGGUCGUGAAAACGUGGCGCUUGAUAAACUCGAAAGCGUUUUCUUAUCAAGCAUCACAUAAAUUUGGAUCAUCCAAAUUAUCACCAAUAUAAAGGAGAAAUUAUUUUUGCCAUUUAAUGAUAAUAGUGAAUGGAUUUAAUGCCCCUUUGCAGGCAUUGUCAAAAAGGUAUUGCAUUGUCGUAUUUUUACUCUGACAACUACCUUAAAGCCUCUUCGUUAUCCUCACGCAACAGCCGUCGCGAGGCUUUUUGUUUAUUUCCCCGGCACGUACAAAUAAACAUCAACAAUAACUUUCUUUAAUCAAAAUUGCUCCCCAAAGUAAGUAACCCCGGCCAUAAACCAUACCCCUGCCGAAAAUCGAAUUCCCAACUACAACUAAAGCGCGGUUGAAGCCUAACGAGGUGAAUACAGGCGAAUGUUCGAAUUCCAGGUGUAUUUUCUAAAAGCGAGGAGUGGUUUGUCGCCGGAACCAUUUUUUAUUUGAAAAAGUCGGUUGGCGAACAGAUGUUUUCGGUAAUUCCUCGUCAGGCCAAUCCAGUUACACGGAGAAUGAACUUGCGAGUUAUUGGCAGGAUUUAAGUAUGUCUUAGAGAGCUUUCAAGCUCAUGUAAAAAUCCAUUGUCAGAGAUAAGAGUGGCAACAGAACAGGCACCAGUUAUAGGGUGUAUGCGCCAAUCAAACAGCAGUGGCGCAGGUCUGGAAGUGCAGGACUCUGUAUGCCAGCGCUAGUCAGACUGAAAGCUUGAUCAGAUCGCGCAUAUAUGAACAUAGGCUGACGGUGCGACAGGGUGGCGGAUUAUCAAAAGUAACUGAUCGCGCCUACGCAACGGGUCACGAAUCUAGCGUCGCGGCCAAAAUUACAGAAUAAGUCGAGAAUUGAUUGAAGGCUAGGCCUCGGAUGAGAACUCAGCCAGUUGAUGUAUCGAUCUUGCGCCGACACACAGAACUCCACACAAUCACCACCCGACCUCAGUCACUGACGUUUGACUGGUUCAUACCCCUUAUAACUUGUGCCAGUUCCGUUUUCGCCUUUAUCUCUGACGGUGGACUCCUACACGAAUUCAGGAGCUCAGACAAAUAAAGAAAUGGUUCCGGCGAUCGAACAGUCUCCUCCCACAGUAAUAAUGCUAAACAAAGCUGCUGGCGAGAUUCUUGUUCAGUGUCAGCGGUGUAAAUGAACAGAAUAGUUUAGAAGUCCGUCAGUCAAAACUUGGAUCAGUCCUGUUCAGCAAACAGCCUCACGUCACACCGACCCUCCAUAAUCAUUUUCUGUUAACUAUGAUUGAGGAAAACAGAUUAAAAUGGGCGCAGUAACCUAACACUUUCGUUUUGAUUCUUAUGGCCAACUGUCUUCACUCACUCCAUGGCAGAAUUUUACCCAAUCCUGACCAAUACGUAAACCUUGCUCACUGGUAGUUCUUGCGUCUCCAGUCAAUUAUUAUAGUGUUGACUUGAUAAAAAAUUUAAGUCUUCAAAGUUUUCGUGCUAUGAUAACUUAGUGAGGUUAGUUGUAAAGCUUGCAGUCGGGCGAUUUGCGCUCAUUUUACUUCUUCUAAUUUUGAGUUCUUUUUACAGCAGCGGUCACCUUAAACCUAUUGGGAAAUAGGGUUCUCUUUAGACGGCUGACGAGCUUAGAAAGAGAAAAUCAGCAGUUUUGACUGUGUUAUAUUGGCCCUUUUGCCGUGUAAACUGAAAUUACCUUGGAUUAAGGCCAUGAGAAGACUGAAAGCUUCGGAGAGCAAGUGGUCUUCCCUGCAAGACCAAAUUUACCAGCCUUCCAUUACUAUAAUGAAAGUCUUACAAUAAAUAAUGUCCUAAGGGACCAAUCUCUGGGACCCUUUGUGCACGAAUUGCCCCUAUCUGAUAUUGUUUCUAAUGAUGGGUUAAAGCGAGAGAUCAAAACUCCGGGCAAACAGAGUUCUUGUUUGAACGAUCGCGACUACUUCUUCUCAGCCCCUCUUUUAUGUUUGGCUGUCAUGCAUUUGAGGCUUUGAUCGGAGAGAAGUACACUUUCCUACUGUCAGGGCUGACAAUUCGUAGCUAUUUCCUAAAUUUCACUGAAUCCCUUUCUGCUUAAACAUUUGGAUUUCUAUAUACGCCCUGGCAAAAUCAGUGUUUUAUGGAAACACUUUACAAAUAAACUGCACUAGCGAAGAUUGCAUAUUCAGGGACGUGUUUACUUACGCUAGUGAUGUGUCCCAACUACUUGGAUGCUUUUACCGAUGCUGAAUAGCGGGAAUAUAUUAUUCUCAACGUUCCCACGCCUAAGUUGAAUCAGCUCGGUUUUAAAAAAGGCAAAUCUUCUGAUUUUUGCAGAAGCACUCGGUCAUCUAAGAGUAAUGUUUCAUAGUGUAAAGUUUUUAUGACAGUUAGUUAUUUAUUCGCCCUUCAACGCGCUCACAUAUUCAUACAGUACGGCAAACCACCGCAAACUCAGAUUUUUCGGUUUUUCUCAAGUCGCCCAAAAUCCACAAGUCCAUCGUGGACUACUAUUAAAUUUAAGGCGUUUUUAAAAAUGACUUCUGGGACCAUUUGGAAUAGCAAGCUCUUAAAGCCCUUUAAACAAGUGAAUAAGACAAGCGUUUUUAAAGAAUGCCUUUGCUGACAAAACAACGAGUACUGUGCUGUGAUGUCAUUUCCGGUUAUUUCUUCAUAAUUUUCGGUAACCAUGGUUGGGAGACAAAUGGGACCAGAUGGAUCAAAAUGCCAUAUAGAACUUGCGUCUAGUAAAGCUUACUCUCUCAACAGCUCCCAAGUGAACUGUUAGCCUCAUUAGGUCAGGCUUGACAAGAAAGAAUGCCCGGAAUCAAAGUCUUUCAGCAUAUACCAUUUGCCUACGGCCUGUUUAAUUGGUAUUUGCGUCUAAAAUGCAUUUUUCAGCAAAAAAUUGUAAAUAGGAUAUUUUCAUGAAAACCCGGAAGUCCAAUAUGUAUCGUUCACUGGCCAUAUAGUGAAAACAAUCUUGACUACUUGCACGCUAAUGUAACUUACCGACCCGAUAUUUAGUCCUAAAACUCUGCGAAAGAAGCAUGAGAAGGUAAAAGUACUUCAUAUUUCCUUUUUUAGUUGUUUCAUACGUGGAUAUUUUUAGCAGUUUCGUGGGCCAUCCAUCUCGUUUCCCCUUGCGCAACUUACGGCAUUGUGGAAUAUUGGUUUGACAAUUUGCUAAAAAAGAGCUGGAUUUCUUAGAGGCCUUAAUCCGUAGUACAAAAUAUUGAAAAACUUUGCAUCUCUUUUUGUGGAGGAUCCAACGAACUGUGUGACAUUAACGUAUUUGGCACAAGACGACUAGUUGAGGCAGUUGUUUCAAAAUCCCUGACUGCGCCAGUAGUUAAAUGUCCAUAAAACAAGCUCAGUUUUACUCGGAAUCUGUCAUCGUAAUGAGAAGCUGACCGAUAAUAUCAUGAGAUAUCCAUAACCGACGUUUUUCCGGGGACCAAAUAUAUCUAGACUUGGUCGCUUGAGUCGGUGGAAAUGCAAAUAGGAGAACAUAGACCGGGUAGUUUCGGCCAUCAAACAUAUUUACAGUUGUGUCUUGCGGUAGUUCUUUUUGUUUUAUCUAUUCGCAGAGAAAAAUAUAUCGGAAUUAGUUUGAAUGUAUCAUACAUGUUCUUAAAAAUCUCCAGUUUGACCUCUGCGUGAUUUUCCUGAGGGACGCUCCACUAGCAAAAGCACAAGGUCAAAAACAAUCUUUUUAGGAAUAACCAACUACUGAGCAUACUGUUUCAGACUGCACGCCACUAAUAAAACCUCCGUGCAUCUUAGGAGGGAAAAUAUUCAGCAGAGGUAAUUGUCCCCAUGUGAUGCCUUCUAAGCUGACUGGGCUCAGAAAAUUCGUCAGGUCUUCGACAAAGCCUGCAGAAAGCGCGAUUUCUGUCCCCUAACGCCAAAGCAGAUUUUUCGUCAUGUGGAAAUUUCCGACCAACCGCGCAAUCUGCCUCACCCAAUGCAUAACCAUCCUCACUUCGCCACGAUUACGACACUGAUAUCUAAUCAGCAGACCGUUCAAACUCGACCGCAUUGGCCUUUUGCGUGAGCAGGCGUUUUUGUAAACGUUUUCGCUACGCCCUUGCUAACUGAUGCUAUCUUGUAGGCACACGAAAUCAAGCCUACCUGCUGCUGACCGCGUAGGCAGCGGCAAUUGCGCUAGCGCUUGUGCGUGCGUGUUUCCCUGGUGCACAUAUUUGACGUAUUUACAGUCUCUUGUGUCUCCACCUUUGCCACUCUCUCCACCAAAACCACUCACUUUCUUUUUUGUGUACCCCACCCCCUGUCGCGCUACCUCGACACAGCCUACCGAAACUGGAUUAACUCGAUGGGGCUGAAGAACGUGGUCAACAACCUAUAUACCGAUCUUUUCUGCGACACCAUUAUUUUUGAGCUCUACGAUCUUAUCAGGCCGCGGACUGUGGACUGGUCGCGUGUGACCAGCGACUUUGCGGCAGCCGAAGCAAAGGCAAAGUUCCAGCAGCUAGGUGAGUUACCUUCCGUGGCAUCCGGUGUCUGUCAGACUGGAAAUGAUCUUUGGAGGGAAAAUAAUCCUGACGUAGCACUACAACAGGGAGGAAAGUUGAAGUCGUGAUAGAUGCUUCGCAUAAAAGACCAGGAUAAAGUGGCGUAAUGUAUUCCCGUUGAACAGCAAUUUACUUUGAGGGGAGGGGUUAGGAUCGAGGGGGGCAACAUCAUAGCCGCAAUGCUGUUUCCGCUUGUGUGCGGUAAAAAAACAAAUGCGCAUUUUUACUGUUCCGUUCCUCUCCAUCGUCCCCACGAGGUCGACAAGCACCGAAUAGGUGCGUGCUCUUAAGACCCUUGGCACAGUGGGCUAUGUUUGAAAGUAAGACAGUAGCGAAUUCAAAUUCCCUUUGCGUAGCCUUGAAUAACUGAAUAAACAGACUGUUUGGUAGUUUUGGUUGCGGUUCUGUUCAUUCACCCGGUGCAAAUAUAAUCUUUAGGUGUGAAUAUAAUCAAAGUUGCGCACAUUCUACGGAAUGUCUGCGUAAAUGAAGUUAGUUUUCAAAAUCCGCAGUCAAUCACUAUAAAAUGAAGUUGGGAUCACUGUUUUGAGUACAGGUUAUCAGAUUACUGAGUGGUCCUUUUAUUCGCAAAAGAAUUUAGAAAAAAACAGAUGCCAAGGACCAGUUUACCACAAACUGAACGGGGUUACGGAAAAUUAGCUAGCCCAUUUUCGCUAAAGUGAAUAGCACAGGGAAGUCUUCAAGGUACAUUGAAUUAGCAGCCACGGGUUAAUUAAUCACAUACAUCGACCACAGCGGAUACAGUGUGCAGCGUAUUAUCACUUAUGUUUAUCUGUCCUCUGACACGAUUAGCUAGUUUCUGCCAAAAGUAGGCGUCUGCCCACUUAGAGCGAAUGGCUGUUUCCACCAAAGAGCCACCCCCAGAACGGGUUGUCUAUCAUUACCAUUAUCAUAUCUACUAUUUUAAUUUCCUGCAAAUUUAGGCAAUCCAUUGAAUUGACCCCUAUGCUAAGUGCGAAGUUUUAUUGAAAAUGCUUAUGAAGAUCGAGAUUUUUACGAGAUUGGUUUCGCUUAGACUUGUAUAAAGCAGCACACAAAUGCGUAGUGUCAAAGGACAGAAGAUAAAAGGUUCGUCUUUUUGAUAAAGACUGGUGGAGAAUACUGUGUGUACUGGUUACAAGUAUUUACACUCGGACAGACAAUAUAGACUAACCAGCUAAAAUAUCGGUAGUUUUGAGCAAAUUUUUAAUUAAUUCACUUUAUUUUCACUAAAAUUAUCCAAUUGCCCGAAGCCUUCUGAGGGUUCACAGCCUUUACCACCAUUUACAUUGUUACUGCCGUCCUGCCUAUUAAACUGUCGGUCGUCAGGUCAUAGCGCCAGUCAUCAGUCGCCAAAACCUGUCCACCUAAGAAUUGAAACAGAUCGUCGGACGCCUUCUUUUGCAGGCCUGCUGGUGGUAUUUGCCAACCCACAUCAGUGUACCAUUUGCAAUUUUUUGGAAAAAAUAUAGGCCGUAGUAGACCGGUGGUGUGAAACUGAGUUAUCACAACACCACCAAUGGUGGGUUAAAUUCACCAAACGUUUUUCCUCAUUUAGCAACUGGAGGUAUGAUCAAAUUAUUCGCUGGAAGUAGUAUUUUCAAAUGCUAUGUUGUGUUUUCCCCCACUAGAAAACUGCAAUUACAUUGUGGAGAUCGGCAAACGAUCAGGAUUCAGCUUGGUAGGCGUGGCUGGAUCCGACCUGAAAGACGGCCUCGUCACACCCACUCUGGCAUUGCUAUGGCAGUUGAUGCGCGCCUAUACACUCUCGCUGCUUGCUCGGCUAGCUAAGGGCAGCGAGCCCUCGUAUCCACGGGCCCAAUCUCCAGUGCUGGGUGUGCCGCUCAUAGCCGAGCAGGAAAUAAUCGACUGGGCCAACAACCGCCUUAGACUCGGAAAUAAAGCUCGUUUCCUCUCUAAGACUGCCGGUUUUGGAGAUAUCGAGCUGCGCACGAGUCUGUUGAUCAUCGAUCUGUUGGAUUCUAUUCGGCCGGGUUGCGUGGAUUACUCUGUCGUAAAUAAGGGCAACACGUCCGAGGUAAGUGAUUCCCUGUUUUGCCUGCAAGAUUUCAGAUAGAAUCUCUAUUGCCGAACCUGGUAGAACGCCUGUAAAAGAUUAAAACCGCUCACGAAUAAGGUAAGGUAUACAGAGGUGGUACUUCUAUAUGGCGUGCGUUUAUGAACUAACUCGGCUCACUAGCUCAUACCAUUAAACACAUCCGUGCAUCCAUUGGUUACAAGAAACUGUUCGGGCCGACUCACGGCGACCUUUUUGACAGUAGGCUUACUGCGAUGUCUUAUACCACUGGCAAAUCUUGCGUGGCGCGCCAUAUUGUAGACUGUAUGGCCCGGUACAUAUUUUUGUACAAGCAGCUGAAUAAAGUACUACCAACUUCAAAGAUUCAACUAAACGAUAUUUUAAUUUGCAAAUCUUUCAGCAAUUUGCUUGACAUAUCUGAAGAAUGGCCACAGCAAAAUGCUUAAACUGGGAGUAUGUCAGAGCAACUUUGAAUGCGCACGAGUUCCUAUUUAUUCGGUAACAGGUAAUUUCUACUGGAACCUUGAAUCGGCACCAUUACUACUAAUUGCUAAAUUAGUCGCGGAGAGUCCUCGCUGAAAGCAAGACCACGGUCCUGGUUCUACUGCAGAUUUCCGCUUGCAGGUGCAAUCCGAUCUUCGUGAACGAUGACGUUCAUCGUGUGGUCCACGGAGCGGACGGGAGAUGGUGACUUGCAAGCGAAUUAGUUUAUAGUGAGGCGCACUUUCAUCGUAUCUACCAUACUUAGUCCUCGCUCACUCAUCUUGCUUCAGUGGUAAGAUAAUGACACGAUGGCUGGAGGCACGGUAGGGCGUGGUUGUUGACAAAGCUAAACAACCCGUAUAUGCGUACCACACACGAAGACGGAUCGAAUCUCACCUGCGUGAGAGCGUCAUGUUAAAGGGAAGCUAUUGAGCCUGAUUCCCAAUUAUGAAAAGGAUCGAGUUGCCUUGUCAAUUGGCAGCCCUCCAAGACACGACUCUUAGUGCACCGUGAUAGACUCAAACGCGUCAGAUUUACUGUAGGGAGAAAUACGCAGAAGUGCCUUGGGGGUGGAUUCCCUAUGCCGACCUCUCUCCUUCCUCUUUCACGCACGAUUCGACUCCCCGAGCCUGUCAGACUCUUGGUGUCGUAAUUGGGUGUGGUUGCUGACGAGGUGUGCCACCAUGUCGCCAUGCACAACAUUAGUUGUGUGCUCGUCUGAAUUCUGCGCAACCUGCUCAACGAGUGUCACUAGCCAAUCUGGUCCCCCCGGUUUCGCAUAGUGCAUCGAUAGUGCAGCUCGGUGUGUGGGACCAAGACGACAUCCGCCGAGGGUAAUCGACGUUUCGGAUGAAUGCUGCAUUAGCAAAACCAGCCAAUCGGUUUUCCAGAACCCAUCGCCUGCUACCGACUCUGUGUAGAUGACGCAAACUGUUGCCAGGCGGCCAGAAGACAGUGCUUAAUACCACUGAACUUCGACUUCCUGUGCGGAGUGGACAUCCCCUCCCGGUAUCUCUAAGUUCUCCUUGAACAGUGGUGAUUGGGAUAGUCGAACUAUUUUGUCUGCCACCGGUGCAGGAAUUCUAAAAAUCUGCAACCAAGCCCAGCCAGUAAUGAUGUUAGCAGGCAAAAGGUUGAACAUACCCGAGAAUUAGAUAACCAUGCCUGAGAGGUGCACUCGCCAGUCUUCAAUAGAAAUUGCUGUUUAGCACGUCGACUCCCGAAUAAAUACAGAACAGCUAACAUUACGUUCUUCGAUUCGACACAUGAGAAACAAAUUUAUGGUAUAAGACUAUAGUUUUCUUUUCACAAUUCUCAAGAAAAGAAUCCACUCUAACUACUGGCUCCUUUACUAAACAUCCAUGCAUUUUAGGGCUGAAUUAUAUUUAGGCAGUCGAGAACAGCCCGAAGAUAUCCUACGAAACUAUUACAACUUACUGAGCAACGUCUGCGCUUUUUUGCGUCAAACGUAGAGUUAGUUUUACUGGAAUUUUGUAAGGUCUUUGUUCAAAAGGGUGUCUUGAUGGGUUAAAACACAAAAAGGAGGCAUCAAAAUAAAGUAUACUAAAUAGAAAAUAGAAAAGUCUGGACACCUUUAAAUAACUGUCCUCCAAAACGUAAACAGGCGACGGAAGAAAUGAGAUGUAAAUCCACAUAGUCCUGCUCAAAUAGACUUAAAAUUAGAUUUGUCGGUGCGCAGACAGAGAACUGGAAACACAAUGUUUCGGAAAAUUAGUUUAUCAGAGCGUGCAAUGCUGAGAGGCCAGAGCCGCCUCUUUCAUCCUUCUCAACUCUCACCUGUAAUUUGAUCAAGCAUUUGCCAGUGGGGAUUUCUUCUGCGGAAACAGCAGAAAAUAGUUAAAUACAAAAUAUGCGCUUUGCUUCAUCAUCUCCCAGUUUGCGACAAAUUUCGCAUCUACUUUUAUAGGGAGAAACUCCCAGCAAGAAUAGCGAAUCGGCUCGUCACGGAAGUUUGAUCUAGUUUUUACAGGCACAACUUGGACCUACAGAGGUUUAUAAAAGAACGGUUUUCUUUUAGACUGCUGGUUGGCCUGUUGCCUUCUGGUAUUUGUAGUAGGUACUCGCAUAUCCUUCUUGGGUUCAUGAAAUAAAUGGGUGGGCGAAAUCACAGAACAAAUGUGAUGGCCUUGGCUUUGAUAUUGUAGACAUCGUAAUACUCAGUGGGAUUUGAGAUAUUUAACCGAAGUCCGAAGUAGUUCUCAUCGGUUCCGGUGUCAGAAUGGUUUUGGUUUCAUAAAAUCUGACUGAAGGCAAAUAAACAGAUACUUACAAAUGGCAUUCAAGCAGAUUUGAUAAACACACCUGUUGAAGUCCCAUUUGAAGGUACGAUUAUGUCCUCAACAUUUAUGAAGUUUAAAAAAGUCUUGGAUAACUAGAAGUACUGAAGUUCACCGGGUAACCUUUUUAAAGCUAGUUCUAAAAUGGUGCGUCAAACACUAACCGAUUACAUAACGAAGAAGGCCGAUAUUUUUAGGAUUAUUUUAUAGAAAGCAUUGAGUGAAGUUAUUCAAGUCGACUUUUCGUAUGAAGUUUAAUUCGAAGGUUAAAUCUGAAAAUUAAAUUCGGACUUUUUUGAUCUUAGGUCGUAUGUUUGUUGUUCUGUUAACGCGAACUUAAUCCCUUAACCUAACGCUAAAAGGCAGUCGUCAGCAUAAAUAAAAUACUUCCAGACUUGGGCUCGGAUGAUACGUCACUCACAUCAUUGAGAAAACGAGAAGAAAUUUGGCUGGUACUCGCAUAAUCUGGAAAUCUACGAGGAAUCCCAAAGCCUCGAAUUUAACGCCCCGCAUCGAAGUUCGAAACAAUGCUACCGUAACCCCAAACCCCGUUCAAAAUGCAGGGCGGUCUUUUUGCCAUAAAGCUGCCUGGUUUUGUUGACUAGACACAAAUCAUCAAGGGGUAUUUACAUCGUGGCACAGACACGGGCUUAAAAACUCUACCGGAUGCUGCGGAGCAUUUAACAAAAAUUGAAAUUACUACGUACCGGCAAUAAGUAUGAGGUCGAAAAUUCCUUCGAAUGUCAGUACAUACCAAACUAAUUUGGCAGUAGUGCAAACUGUCGCAAAUUUUCGCUUAGUUAAUGUAAGGCAUUUAAGUUAAUGCCAAAGACUUAUAAAUCAGCGUCUGAAUUGACCAACGUCACACAUUUUGAAAUCCCGAAUUUGCAUCAAUUUAAGUUUUUUGUUUAGUUUAAAGCUGAUGAUAUCCUACUGUAAUAAUGACUCAGGCAUUGUUAUUGCUGAUUUCUUUCCUCUUUUAUCGAAGGAAAGACUGUCGAAUGCUCAGUACGCAGUUGCCGUGGCAAGGCGUCUGGGUGCCAAGAUAUAUGCCGUCCCUGAAGAUAUAACAGAGGUCAAAGGAAGCAUGGUAAUGACGGUCUUUGCCUGUUUGAUGGCGAUUGACUUGGAGCACGCUGAUAAAAAAGCGCCACUAUCUCCUUCGACAGACAACAAAACAGAAGUGCUAAAUAUCGACAUCACAAAAACCGAUACUCCAAAAGGCAUAAAAACGACCAAUCUUGAUUUCCAGGAUGACCAUCCGACUGAGGUGCUCUCUUCCCCCAGUAAGGUCUGUCUACAGUGUGGGCAUCCUGAUUCAAAUCGACAAAAUCAUAUCGGUCCGGAAUCUCUAAGCGUGCAGAAGGAAGAUCGAAAAAAAUCAAGUCCCUGUGAGAAUAUAACUUCAUCAAACGACGUAAAUAAUUCCUCAGCUCAAUGUGUAAGGAUGCCUACGACAAGCCAACCUCGCCAGCUAGCAGUAGACACGGAGUUUCGGACACCAGAAGGACCCACGCUGGUCGAGAGUAGCACGUCCUACGAGCCACCUAUCUAUCGGUACUUUGGAUCGCCCCCUGCACGACGAACUCGUCACUUCGAAUUCUUCUCAUCACCCCGACUCUAUCGCAGUGAGCUCACAAAAUCAACUAACGCACUGGAUGAUAUUAAGACUCAAUCACCAUCGCGCUGUACCGUUCGAGAUGAGGCACCCCCGAAGCCAAGUCUGCAUCCGCCUAACCCAAAGCUCAUUUCAAAGCUUGCGCGUAAGGCCCAGGAAAGGGGUAUACAGUGUGAGAACCGAGCAGCAGCGACCUCGCCUAACUGGAACAGAGUUUCGAAGAAGAGUGAAAUUUUCGCGGCGUCUGUGCGUGAGGGGGCAGCAAGCGUGUAUCAUGCACCAGCUACACGUGGCCGCCGCGAUGUUCGAUCACCGACGCGUUCCGGCUUCGCAGCAGCCUACGAGGAAUACGCCCAGAAGACCGUAGAAGCGGUCAAAAGACAAUCGAGCAGUAUGGGUGGCCGCAGCAAUGGCGGUCGGGUAUUCAUGGCAGCGGAUAUCCCCAAGUAG